AUCAACACUCUCCUUCUCUCUCUCUCUCUCUCUCUCUCUCAACCCACUCUCUUCAGGAAGAAAAAAAAUCCUCUCUCUCUCUCUCUAGGUUCUUUGCUUUGACAAUGGAUGUCCACUCGAAUGCGGCGGUUUCAGGCAACGUAGUUGAUGAUUUUCUCUCUUUUGACAACAUGGAAGGAGGAGGUGGAGUGAGCCUAGAAUGGCUCUCAGUCUUUGUUGAAGACUGUCUCAAUGGAGGGUUCCCCACUCCCGCUCCAACCACCGCCACUCACCAAACCGCAAGCCCAGUAGACUCCCAACAUGAAAGCCCAAAGCCCACUCAAGCGACAAAGGACCCAACCCCAGUCCCAUCCAAAACCAGGACCAAAAGAAGAAAAAUCAACACCAACCAAACCAACUCCCUUCACAGCUUUCACGUGAGCCUCAGCUCCUCAGACCCACCUCCUCUCCUCCCUCAAGCCUAUUGGCUUGCUGACAGCGAGCUCAUUUUCCCCAAAAAGGAAACUGAAAACAACAAAAGCCCAAGCCCACAGUUGAAGCCACAGGGGCAGGAGGUAAAGGCCCAGGUCCUGGCCCAAGAUGAGAGCCAAGGCCCAAGAAGGUGCACUCACUGCCUCUCCUACAAGACACCACAGUGGAGAGCAGGCCCAUUAGGGCCCAAAACUCUGUGCAAUGCUUGUGGAGUUAGGUUCAAGUCCGGGAGGCUUUUGCCCGAGUACAGGCCUGCUAAGAGCCCAACCUUUGAGAGCUUCAAGCACUCGAACUCUCACAAGAAAGUUUUGGAGAUGCGGAUGGCUACAGUUUUCUCUUCACAGGCUGAUUGAGAGAGGGUGGUAUAGAUAGUCGUGGUAGUUUUUUAAGGACCUGUAUUGUAAAAACAUAUGAUAAUGUAGUAGUGGAUAAUUUCAAUGUAGUCCAUAAAUAAUAGUAAACUCUUAUUAUGGUUUUUAAGUAA